UGUAAAUUAAUGGGUAUUCUGGGGGAAAGUAAGUAUGUGCAGUGUUCAAAACGAAUUGUUUAAAUUAAUAUUUGUUUUGUUCCAUAUGUUGGAUUAUCACCAGGAGGAGGGGGACCUACUAUGGGAAUACAAUGUUGGACAUCCAAUUACAGCAUCUGCUUAUGUUGACGAGCACUUGCUGGUAGAGUCUGAUGCUUCCAAUUCCUCAGACAGGCUAAUUUGCAUUUGUUCCAGUUCUGGAGGCAUACACCUUCUUCGAGUGAAUAUGAAUCUCUCCAAAGAUACUUAUCAACAAAGAAAUGUGCAAGAAUUUGCAAGGCUAAACUUGGCAGGGGAUAUAUUCUCUUCACCUAUAAUGAUUGGUGGUCGGAUUUUUGUUGGUUGUCGGGAUGACUACUUGCAUUGUAUUGCCCUUGAAAUUUCUAAACAACAAGAAACUUAAAGUUUAUAUAUUUUAAAUUUGGUGCACUGUGUAGGUGGACUGAUUCUGUUUGUAAAGUCUGAAAUGUAUUCAAAAUCUUUAACUUAUGUUAGACUUUUAAUCUACAGUUCUAUAGUGAUAAAAAUGAAAGAAUGAAUAAAAAAAAAUUAUU